AUGGCGUUCUUCCCACGCAUCAAACCUUUAAAUACUUUAUCUUCUAACAAAAACCACCCGAAAUAUUUCUUAUCUACCUAUAAAAGAAAAAACUCCGGAUUUCGAACGUUUGCGUCUUUAAAUACACCUUCUAUUGAUAAUGAUCUUAACAGUACUUCGUCGUCACAAAAUCUAAUCGAGAAAAUAGUCCAAAAGUAUGCAAUUGGAUUACCACCAGGGCAUAAAGUAAGAAGUGGCGAAUUUGUAACGAUACAACCUGAGCAUGUUAUGACACAUGAUAAUACCGCGGCUGUAAUGACAAAGUUUAAAAGUAUCGGAGUACAAAAAUUCAAAUUUCCUCAGCAGGCGGUAUUUACGCUUGACCAUGAUGUACAAAAUAAAUCGGAAAAGAAUCUCUUAAAAUACUCUUCUAUCCAAGAAUUCGCCAAACAACACAACGUAGAUUUCUAUCCUGCUGGUCGCGGAAUUGGCCACCAAAUAUUAAUAGAAGAGGGAUACGCAUUUCCAUACACAUUAACGGUCGCUUCUGAUUCACAUUCAAACAUGUACGGGGGUAUAGGAUGUCUUGGUACACCGAUUGUGCGCACUGACGCUGCAGCACUCUGGGCAACCGGGAAAACAUGGUGGCAAAUACCACCAGUGGUAAAAGUCGAACUAAAAGGGCAAUUGCCAAAAGGUGUUACCGGCAAAGAUGUUAUUAUUACAUUGUGUGGACUAUUUAAUAAUGAUGAAGUGUUGAAUUGUGCGAUAGAGUUUACUGGUGAUGAAGGAAUUCAGUCACUUAGUUUAGAGGAUCGGUUGGCAAUCGCGAAUAUGACCACAGAAUGGGGUGCACUUGCUGGUGUAUUUCCUGUUGAUAAGACAACUAUCCGAUGGCUUAGGCAACGCAUCGCCAAAUUAGAAUUAACUAGAUUUGAGAACAAUAAUUUGCUUAAGAAUGCCAAUAAUGGCCAAAAAUUUAAACAUCCACGUAUUAAUCACGAGAGAAUUGAUGUUAUUGAACGAGAAGCUAUAAAAGUAUCACCGAAUGCGUAUUACGCAAAACACCUAACAUUAGACUUAUCGACUCUCUCUCCGCACGUUUCAGGCCCAAAUUCCGUAAAAAUUUCAACGUCACUCUCAGAACUCGAAAAGAAAAACAUUUCAAUUAAUAAAGCUUAUCUUUUAUCGUGUGUCAAUUCACGUGCUAGUGAUUUACAUGCCGCUGCACAAGUGGUUCGGGAUAAAAAGGUGGCUGAAGGUGUAGAAUUUUAUAUCGCGGCUGCUAGUAGUGAAGUGCAAAAAGAUGCGGAAAGUAGUGGGGAUUGGCAGAUAUUAUUUGAUGCUGGGGCAAAAGUGUUACCCGCUGGUUGUGGUCCUUGUAUAGGUCUUGGUGUUGGUUUAUUAAAAGAUGGAGAAGUUGGAAUAUCAGCCACUAAUAGGAAUUAUAAAGGUCGAAUGGGAUCUCCAAAUGCACAAACUUAUUUAGCAUCACCAGAGGUAGUUGCUGCAUCUGCUAUUGCUGGAAAAAUAACAAGUCCUCUAGCUUCAUCCUCAGCCAUUACUCUCCCAUUGUUCAAUUCACAAACACCAACGAUUUCAAUAACGAUCAACACCGAAGAUGCAUCAAUAAAUUCACCAGUGACCUUCUCUCGAGAAUCAAUCCCACAAACGUUACCAGGUUUCCCAGAAUCAAUCCACGGUGAACUCUUAUUCUGUCACGCAGACAAUAUGAAUACCGAUGCGAUAUAUCCAGGAAAAUACACAUAUGUGGAUGAUUUACCACCGGAAUAUAUGGCAAAAGUUGCAAUGGAAAAUUACGAUCCAAAUUUCCAGAAGAUCGCAAAAUCGGGUGACAUCCUAGUAGGUGGCUUUAAUUUUGGGACAGGCUCCUCACGAGAACAAGCAGCCACUGCCAUCAAAGCCAAAGGAAUAAAACUACUGAUUGCCGGCUCACUAUCCGAAACAUUCAAACGCAACUCUAUAAAUAACGCGCUGUUACUACUAGAAGUUCCCGAGCUCGUCAACGACCUAAAAAAGAUUAUUGGAACACAUGUACUAUGUCAAAGAACUAACUGGCACGCAAAGGUUCUAUUGGCAGAAGGAAUUGUGACCGUGAGUGCUGACGAUGGUAGAGAGAGAGUAUAUCGAGUUAAAGGUGGUUCAGGCUUGGGUAGUAGCGUACAAGAACUGUGGGUGGCUGAUGGACUUGAAAAUUGGAUUAAAAAAAAUAUUGUUCAAAAUGUUUAA